GCGUCACGAAUGUCGUUAUGCGUUUUUCUGGCGCCAAAACCUCAAAAUACAGUAGAUAGAAACAGAAACUAGAACCACAGCUUAAGUAUUUUUUCAUUGACAAUUUUGAAUUGUAAUUUAUUCUGUAAAGUUUAUUUGAGACCUCGAAAUGGCUAAACGUGAUUAUGAAAAAGACAAAGAACAACUUAAAAUGUUUCUUAUGGAAUAUUGCACACAAGAUGCUUCAGGGAAAAAAACAUUUAAAUAUUGCAAUCAACUAACAAAAUUGGCACAUCGGGAGCAAGUGGCAAUGUGGGUAGAGCUAGAUGACUUAUGCGAAUUCAAUGAAGAUAUAGUUGAUGCAGUUAGAUCAAACACAAGACGAUAUAACAAUCUGUUGUCUGAUAUUGUUUUUGAAAUUCUACCAACUUUUGUUCAAAAAGAUUUUGUGGCCAAAGAUGUUCUAGACGUUUAUAUUGAACAUCGUUUAAUGAUGGAGAAUCGAAUGAGACAGCCAAAUGAACAUAGGGAUGCUCGUAAUAAAUUUCCAUCUGAAUUGAUUCGUAGAUA